AGUCAUGUUGAUUCGCUCGAGUUUUAACUUUUAGCAUUUGGCAAAGUAAAGUAGGUACCUACCUACCAAGCUGUGCUAGCGAGUAUCGUAAUUUGUAUUAUGUAGAAAAAGCAUCAAAGUGAAGAAAUUAAAUGAUGGCCAAAAUAAAACUUAUUCGCAAUUUCCUUCCGUGAUGUAUAGUUUUGUUUGAAUAAUUAAUGGUCAACCUUGUUGUGUAGUAACCGUUUGAACAAAGAAAGAACAUUAAAUGCUGUAUCUCUGAGAAUCAAAGUCAUGAAGAAGGUUGUCCUAUUUAAGAGUACAUCUGAAGAUUAUAGAAAAGUGUGUGAGGAUAAUAAUUAUGAAGCUAUAUUUGUGGAGCCUUUGGAGUUCAUUUUCAUCAACUUGCAGGAACUUUGUGAGAAGUUGAAGCUGGCAGACUACCAUGGCAUCAUCUUGACAAGUCCAAGAGCUGUCGAAGCCAUAUCCAAGUGCUGGUCGCCCUCCAAGUAUAACAUAUGGAAUUCAAAGAGAAUUUACACUGUUGGUGAGGCGAGUGGUCACAAAAUAAAACUUAUGUUGGGCCUGGAAUCACUCGGCUUAGAGACUGGCAAUGCAGAAAACUUAGCUAAAUUAAUUACUUCAGAGAAUCCAGUGCCAAGCAAAUUUCUUUUUCCUUGUGGAAAUUUAAGAUCUGAGGUAUUACCUAACAUAUUGAAGAGGUCAGGGAUUGAAGUGGAUCCACUGACUGUGUAUGAAACUAAAGAAAAUAACAGCUUAAGGGAAAAUCUGAUGGAUUUGAACAACAAUGUGAACCCAUGCUGCAUGGUGUUCUUCAGUCCGUCAGGCUGCGAGUAUGUCUACCGACAGCUGCAGACUUUCAACAACAAGCUCUCUAACUUACCUCACUUUGCUAUUGGCAACUCCACAGCUCACAAGAUAGAGAACCUGGGAGUGGAGAUAGCAGGGGUGGCCAGUAGGCCGAGGGCUGACACUCUCAUUGAGACAGUCAGAGAUUAUUUCACAAGUUUAGAUAAAAGUCAGAAGAAGCUUUAAGUAUCUGGUGUUGGUCUUGUAUAUACUGUAUUGAAUCUUUGACAUGCAAAUAAAACUAACUGUAAUUACAUUUUAUAACAAUGCUAAUAUUGAAUGUAUUAUAAUAUUAAACAAUUUUUAUUA